UGUUGGCAUGAAGCUGGACUCUAUGGUGACAGUAACUGAGAAGAGGUCUCUAAAGAAAAUAUUGGACAUUAUGGACAAUGUGAGGUCGAGGGAAAUGUUCCAGAAAACACACCUGCGUGAUCUGUCAACCCCAGACACUCUGACCACCUCUGCCAUUGGUCCAUCCACAAACCAGUAGGAGACUGCGCUGCUGCCUUCAGAGUGGGAGUUGUCUCAGGUGGAAAGCUUAAAAGCGAGCUCCUGUCCCCACCGUCCCCUCAGCAGAACCAUCAAUCAACAUGAUUCCCAUCGUGCUGGCCUCGGUGCUCUUUGCUGGCGCCCUCGGGUGCGGCACCCCAACUUUUGAGCCUUUAACAUCCCGUGUGGUCAACGGAGUGGACGCCAAGCCCCACAGCUGGCCCUGGCAGAUCUCUCUGCAGUACAACAAAGACGGUGAGUGGAGGCACACUUGUGGAGGAUCUUUGAUUGCUGCCAACUGGGUCAUGACUGCUGCUCACUGCAUCAAUGAGCAGCUCUCCUACAGGGUGUUUGUGGGCAAACACAACCUGGUUGAAGAUGAAGCUGGCUCCCAGGCCAUCCUGCCCGAGAAGUUUGUCGUCCACGAGAAGUGGAACCCCAUCUUUGUGGCUUUCGGUAACGACAUUGCCCUGAUUAAGUUGUCCGAGCCUGUGACUUUGAGUGAUCAGGUGAAGUUGGCGUGCAUUCCCCCUGCUGGUACUGUGCUGGAGAACCUCUUCCCCUGCUACAUCACUGGGUGGGGCAGGAUCUACACCGGAGGCCCCAUCGCUGAUGAGCUGCAGCAGGCUUUGAUGCCUGUGGCCGACCAUGCCACCUGCUCCCAGCUUGACUGGUGGGGCAUCGCAGUUAGGACCACCAUGGUGUGCGCUGGUGGGGAUGGAGUUGUGGCUGGAUGCAAUGGUGACUCCGGUGGUCCUCUGAACUGUAAGAACGCUGAUGGUGUCUGGGAGGUCCAUGGUAUUGCCAGCUUUGUGUCUGGUCUUGGCUGCAACUUUGUAAAGAAGCCCACUGUCUUCACCAGAGUCUCAGCUUUCAAUGACUGGAUCGAUCAGGCUAUGAUGAACAACUGAAGAAGAAAAUAUCCCAAUAAUAAUACCCAGUACCAGAUUUGAA